GGUGCUUUAAAAAGACAUGAGCAUAAGGAGUGAUACUAUUUGGUCCCUUACCUACAGACUAGUGGAAUAGUUUUUGUCUUAGGCAUGUAGGCCAUCAGCAUUGAAAUUCUCUUCUGUCCUAAUUAAUACUUGUAAUUGAUCCCUACUAGCUGUUUUAUUUUAUGGAAGAGGAUGCGAGGGAUAAAAGAAUGUUUGUCUGAUGUAGAUUCAGUUAUCAGAAGAUAAAUCUAAACUUAAGCACGUUGAUUACUACAGUUUAUCCAAGAUGAAAAGAAUGAUGACCACCAGCUCUCACACAGCAAUGUUCUGUGCCAUUCCCUUGUGAGGAAGAGAGACUGCCACAAAACACUGUGAAAGUAACAAUGACAAAUGUUGGAGAAAAAGUUGUGUGCCUGGUUGCUUACCACAUAUUUUUCAUGCUGUUCAUCUGGUCAUAUUGGAAAACAAUCUUUACGCUACCAAUGAAUCCUUCAAAAGAAUUCCACUUGUCAUAUUCAGACAAGGAAUCUCUAGAGAGGGAGCCUAGAGGUGAAUCCCAGCAAGAAGUCUUAAGACGAGCAGCCAAGGAUCUUCCUAUCUAUACGCGGACAAUGUCUGGAGCAAUCAGAUACUGUGACAGAUGCCAGCUUGUGAAACCAGAUCGUUGCCAUCACUGUUCUGUAUGCGACAAAUGCAUUUUGAAAAUGGAUCAUCAUUGCCCUUGGGUGAACAACUGCGUAGGAUUCUCCAAUUAUAAAUUUUUUCUUCUCUUCUUGGCUUAUUCGCUACUGUACUGCAUUUUCAUUGCUGCAACAGAUUUACAGUAUUUUAUCAAGUUUUGGACAAAUGGCCUUCCUGAUACUCAAGCCAAGUUCCACAUCAUGUUUUUAUUCUUUGCUGCAGCCAUGUUUUCUGUCAGUCUUUCUUCUCUCUUUGGGUAUCAUUGCUGGCUUGUCAGCAAGAAUAAGUCUACGCUGGAGGUGUUCAGAGCUCCCAUAUUUCGUCAUAGAACGGACAAGAAUGGUUUUAGUUUGGGCUUUAGCAAAAAUCUAAGGCAGGUGUUUGGUGAUGAGAAGAAAUACUGGCUGCUGCCUGUGUUUUCAAGUCUAGGGGAUGGUUGCUCCUUCCCAACUUGCCUUGUUAAUCAAGAUCCUGAGCAAGCUUCCACGCCUGGUGGUCUUAAUUCAACAUCCAAAAAUGAGAAUCACCUCUUUCCCGCAAAGCCACUACGCGAUUCCCAGAGCCACCUUCUUACUGAUACGCAGUCUUGGUCAGAAAUAAGUACAAAGGCUGAAAAGGGAAAAGUUGGUAUGAGCAAUCCUGCAUUAACCAUGGAAAAUGAGACCUAGUUUCUCUUAAAAGAAACAUCUGAAUAUUGAAGGAAAGUUCAAGAAAAAGCAGUUGUUGGAAGGAGGAUAUAUUCUUCCAAAACUCAGCCCUAUUGGCCAACUGUUCCUGUCUGCUCUUGUGUGGAUGUGCUCAGAAAAUAAACUGACAGAUAAUUAGCUGUCUCCAUAUCACUGCUUGAAACAUGAAACAAGACAUACUACUUUUGAACCAUAGAAAGAAUGUUUCAACUUAAAAUUACUGUGCUUGAAUGGUAAAAAGAUAAUUCUGAGUAUUAUGAAAUGAAAAAAGGGGGCUGAGGUUAUUCUGCAAAUUCUGUGGCUGGUUUUACUUUGAUACUCAGCACAAGAAAAAUGUGACCUCCUAACAUAUCAGUCCAUGUUCUUGUCUUGGUUUUGAGAAUUCACCUGUAUUAAUUCAAACUGCUGCAAGUGGGUGACUUAAAUCAAAUUUUUGCGCUACUUGCUUUAUGGACUGGGAGAACAAUCGAUGAUGAAUAAUUGAGUGGCUUGAUGGACUGUAUUUUCUUUUGAGCAUUUGAUAAGCUAUUUUUGAAGAUAAGCCAACCUGAGUGAAGUAUCAGACUAUUUUUGGAACACGUUUGGAAAGCAUGAUUGCAAAGGCUCCCUUUUUUCUCAGAUAUGCACCUCCAGUAGAUUGCAAAGUUGUGGAAGGGAGGAAAAAACUCCUGUGUUAAUUGAGUACUAUAGCUACCGUCUGCCAAUUGUAAGUAAGUGGAGUGAUAUAAAGCCCACAUUCAGAUGAAUAAUAUACAAAUGAACCUGGCCAACUGGGGCUUUUGAUGAGAGCUGUGCUGGGCAGCCCUAUGAAAGGGGGAUUUUCUUGUCCCAUUUGGAGUCCUUAUCCCUUUAGGGAAAGGAAUGUUGGCAUUUCACUUUGGUUCAAAGAGGCUUUGAACCAACCUGUGUUCCUGAAGGGCACUAUCCUGCAAAAUCCUAGUUUGCUUAACCAAUAGUUGUCUCAGAUUUCUUUUCUCAAUUGUUCUUUAAAGCAGUUCUUUUCUUAUUGCACAACCUAAGGAGUAUUAAGUACUAUCAAGGAGAUUUAUUGUCAUAACUUGUGAUAUAUACAUUUAUAGGGCAAUGGACGUUUGACUGUAAUACCAAAAAGCCAAACUGCUGCGCAUGGGAAAGCCCUUUCAAUUAAGUUAGAAGAUUAUCAGCUUUCUUAGGGUCAAAGUUUACCAGUCAGAUAAUAAAAGAUGCAUUAUCAACUUUCAAAGUCAAGGAAGUUUCAGCAACACAAAUCUAAUUGUCUUGUGCCUUUUGUAUACACUAGGUUUAUGGUAUCACAGUGUUUACAUUUUAAUACAAAGCAAUUGUGUUAUUCAGAAAACAACUUUAGGAGGAACUUAGUUACACUUUUGAUGUGGCUGGAUAAGAAAACUAGUCUAAAAAAAAAAAAACCAAAAAAAACCUGUCAGACUAAGGUGAAUUCAGUUGAAGCAGAAAAGUGAGUUAACUCAGUUCUCAAAACUGAGUUACUUACCAGGCUGGUUCACAAUGCAGAUUCUAGUUGUUUAUUAUGGAAGAGCAAACCCAUUUGGAAAACUGGCACAGUGCCAAAGUGACAGAUUUCUGAAAGCAAAAAAAAAAAAAAUCAUAUCACUAGCUCUUUUACAAGCAGGUAACUUUAAACUUUUUUUUUUUUCUCCCCUGAAUUUACAAGUGAAAUGAUGAUGGAUGGCCACUGGAACACAAACACGGCUUUUUCUUCUACUGGGGAAAAAUGUAUUGGUUUUAACUUCUCUUUUCAUCUCAAAAUUUUACCAGCCUGAAAACAUCUGCUUCUUGCCAGAAGUGCCAGAGUAUGGAGUCCUUGAUGUGGAACACUUUUAAACUAGCAUGAAGGUAGCAUACAGUUUACAUAAUGCAACCAUCUAGUAACCAAAAGUUUUUCAUAGCUGUUUGUUUAUUCAGUGCUGUUCUGUCAGCUUCCUUUGUAUCAGUGGUUCUUUAAAGGCUAACUUGUCAAGGAAUGAGGGGGAGAGGGGAACUAUAUUUUUAACACUUCAAAUUCUCUUAUCUGUGUAGUCUUGGUUUUACAUGGUUAUUCAGAGGGGAGGUUUGUCAUAGAGCAUCCAUUUAAAAUUACUGUAGAGUUGAAAUUCAGCUUUAAUGUAACUUGCUCCGUAUUUUUUUACACAAAGACAAAGUUUAGAUUUCCUCCCCAGCAAAAUUAAUAGUGGCAAUAGAUCUCUCUCUCAAAUAUAGAUCUUGCACUUACUUGGCUUGCCACAGGAAGGAAAUCAGCAUCCCUGCAUGUAUCCGGGAGCUGUGGGAGCUCUCGGUAAGAGGUGGGAAUCUAUGUAGAGGAAGGAGGAGGUUAUGGAAUCAAGAAACAUCUAUCUAUCUUCUUAACUUGACUUCUGAGACAUUGAGAAAGCACAAUAGUCCUAAAUAAUCUGCAGUUUUGAUGUAGCCAGAUGCUGUGUCUUUAGUAAAAAAUAAAAACAAAAAUAAAAAGGCAUUGUAGUGCCGGAAAUGUAUGUUGAUGAAAGGAGGGGAAUGGGGAAAGAGAGAAACGGAGACACUCGGGUGCAAAUGUUUGAAGUAGCUGGGACCGAGGACAGCAGCUGCACCAGAGCUCUGUACAGCCGUGAGCCAGGAUCUGAAGAGCAAUGUCAGUAGCUUUUGAGGGUUCCUGGAAGAUUUGUCAGUAUACAGUAAAAGUGAGCUGAUUGUGCUCCAAGUUACAAUUUCUGAUUUGACUAUGUUUGUGGCUUUAAGCUCCCAAACACUUUGAACAGAAGUGAAAAAUUGUCUUUUGGACAUGGGAGACUUUCUGAAGAGGUGAUGGAAGCAAGAAUGCAGUGUUAUUGGUUGUCAGCUUACACUGUUCUUUAUAUUCUUGCUAGGCACUUUACUAUAGCCUUAUGUGUAAUUUCUGUAAGUUUUUUUUUAAGAUUGCUUUAUACUUAACUGUAUAGUUAAUCUUUACUAAGCUACUUCUUUCUUUGCUAAAUAUAGCUCUGAUAUUUGUCUAAAGUACCCCUGCAUUUCAAGCUUCAGUGGAAAUUGGAUGAGUUCUACAGACUCCUUAGGUGGGCCUGAGUCCCUGAUGAUGGCAGGGUUUGUUUACAUGUAUACAAAAUAAAUGAGUCAUAUGAAUCACUGGCCACUCAGGUCUGUGUAGCAAGCUUCCUUAAGCUGUAGGUUAGAACAAACCAAUACAUGUCUGCUCCAGAGGUAGUCCACACAUGUUCUCUAUCAAGUAAUGUACUGAAGUGAUGUAAUUAAUUCUAGAAGUCUUCAGAGAGCUAUUUUUGUUAGGAAAACAAAACACCUAAGACAUUAGUGAGCUCUUUUCAUUAAGCUGUUUACUAACAGACACCAGACAAUUGCUGAUAUGCACUUUAAUUCUUUAACUUGAAAAAAACCUGUCCAUCUUAAGUUGUAGAUUUAAAACUUUUACAUAGUCUAUACUGCUGUGGGCAGGUAACUAAUGAAACACUGGUAAUUUUUCUUUUAACUAUGUACUUCUACUGAUCAGGGUCUUCAAGCAAAACUUCAGCAUGGCUGGAAGAAGCAAGUUUGAUCUGAAGUGUCUGGUUUUGUGCAUGGUAUUGAAUUUCUGAAGCAUAAUUCUUUUGUUGGUCCCAAAUCGAGACUGAAAUAUAAUUCUUGCCCUGAUUCAAUUGAUUAGUAUGUUGGAUGAGGGGAAAAAAACAUGCUUCCACAUAUCUUUAGUGUAUGACUUUGCCAUUUGUUAAUGUAUUGCUCACAUAAAUAAA